AUGGCUGGACGAAACAAACACACAUGGACUAUUGAAGAAGAUGCAAAGUUAAUUGAAACAUUGUUGGAGUUACAUGUCUCUGGAAAGUAUGGUGGUGCCGAUAACGGAUUCAAACGCGGUUAUUUGAAGGCAGUGCAACAACUACUAGAUGUAAGUCUUCCUAACUCGGGUUUGAAAGCAGAGCCUCAUAUUAAAUCGAGGAUGAAGACAUGGAAAAACCAUUUCAACAUCGUGCAAGACAUGGUAUACGGAACAAACACGAAUGAAUUCGGCUGGGAUACGGAUAAAUGUUGUGUUACCGUCGAUGCUUAA